AUGAAGAUGCUCCCUGCAUCUGGCCUUGCUGUCCUCCUCAUCACGGCUCUGAAGUUUUCCACUGCAAUCCCCUCCCUAUUUGCAGCCACCCCCACGACCUCAAGGAACAGCUACCACCUCGCACAGGCAUACCUUGACAAAUAUUACACAAGGAAAGGAGGGCACCAGAUUGGUGAGGUGAUUGCAAGAGGAGGCAAUUUCGUGGUUAAAAACAUUAAGGAGCUGCAGGCUUCCUUCGGCCUCCGAGUCACUGGGAAGUUAGACCGGGCCACCAUGGAUGUGAUCAAGAGGCCUCGCUGUGGAGUUCCUGAUGUGGCAAACUAUCGCCUCUUCCCAGGUGAACCCAAAUGGAAAAAAAUUACUUUGACAUACAGAAUAUCCAAAUACACACCUUCCAUGACUUCUGCAGAAGUGGACAAAGCAGUGGAGAUGGCCCUGCAGGCCUGGAGUAGUGCUGUCCCUCUGAACUUUGUCAGAAUAAACUCAGGAGAAGCAGAUAUUAUGAUAUCUUUUGAAACUGGAGAUCACGGGGAUUCCUAUCCAUUCGAUGGGCCUCGGGGGACUCUAGCCCAUGCAUUUGCACCUGGAAAAGGCCUGGGAGGAGAUACACAUUUCGACAAUGCUGAGAAGUGGACUAGGGGAAUGAAUGGUUUCAAUUUAUUCACCGUUGCUGCUCAUUAAUUUGGCCACACACUGGGCCUGGCCCAUUCCACAGACCCAUCAGCACUGAUGUACCCAACUUAUAAGUAUCAGCAUCCCUAUGGAUUCCACCUUCCCAAGGAUGAUGUGAAAGGGAUCCAGGCACUGUACGGACCUCUGAAGACAUUCCCAGGGAAGCCCGCUGUGCCCCACAGCCACCCUCAUAAUCCUUCUAUCCCUGACCUCUGUGACUCCAGCUCAGCCUUUGAUGCUUUGACAAUGCUGGGAAAGGAGCUCCUGUUCUUCAGGGACCGGAUUUUCUGGCGUCGGCAGGUUCACUUGAUGUCAGGGAUCCGGCCCAGCACCAUCACCAGCUUCUUCCCCCAGCUUAUGUCCAAUGUGGAUGCAGCUUAUGAAGUGGCUGAGAGGGGCACAGCUUACUUCUUUAAAGGACCCCACUACUGGAUAACAAGAGGAUUCCAAAUGCAAGGUUCCCCUUGGACUAUUUAUGACUUUGGGUUCCCAAGAUAUGUGCAGCGAAUAGAUGCUGCCAUCUAUCUCAAGGAUGCACAGAAGACCCUUUUCUUUGUGGGAGAUGAAUACUACAGCUAUGAUGAACGAAAAAGGAAAGUGGAAAAAGACUAUCCAAAGAAUACUGAAGAAGAAUUUUCAGGAGUUAAUGGCCAAAUAGAUGCUGCUGUGGAGUUAAAUGGCUACAUUUACUUCUUUUCAGGACCCAAAGUGUACAAGUAUGAUACAGAGAAGGAAGAUGUGGUUAGUGUGCUGAAAUCUAGUUCCUGGAUUGGUUGCUAAAUAGAAAAGUCUAGUCUUUCCUAAGGAAUGAAGAUGACCGAGAGCAGCUGGUAACCGGAUCUUAAGGACUAAAUCAGAACUCAGGUUACGUAUUCUUCCCAUGGCCUUCAAUUCUAAGGGUAAUUUAGAAUUUGUUGAAAAUAAUUAUGCUUCUAAACUGUUUCUUAGUUUUAGAUUCAGAAUUUUAAUCCAAAUAGAAAAUUCCUAUAUGGUCAACUUUACACAAAAUCAGAAUCAACACAAUGCAUGCUUCAGUUAGACACCUGUCAUUAUUUUCUUACCUAAUACACUGAGGCAAAUUGAUAAGUUUGGUUUUUAUUUACAGGAAGAAGACUAUUUGUGGACUCCCUGACAUGUAUUAUAAUUCUUUUAAUAGGAAAUAGCAUUACUAUACAAAUUAUAACAAUUCUUUACAAGCAGUGGCUUUUUUGGCCUUAACAUUUGUUAUGAUGAAUAUAAAUGUAUCUGCCUUUACUUUAAACAUAUCACAGACAACAUACUGUAUAAGUUUUAUUUCUCAUUGUUUUUGUGUUUGUUUGUUUGUUUGACUCUAUGUGUGCUCACUGGUCUUUGAAGUAGGUUACAGUGGGCAAACCUACGCAAAUGGAUUUUCAUACUAGGUAAGAAGUGGGCACUUUGCAACAGGAAGACUUUUAACAAAAACCAAUAAAAAUGUUGUAAAAGAAUAGUUCCUCAUUUCUCUUUUGUUUAUGUUUACUAGCUUCUAUCACACUUUGGCAACAAAUUCUGUGUACCUAUAGAAAACUCAAACCUUGAUAUAGUAUCAUGAGUAUGCAGACCCAGAAAAAAUACUCAUAAUUCACUCUUUUACCUUCUUUCUGAAAAUAAAAUGCCCUCAAUGAAACUAUCUUUAACCCAUCUAAGUGGGUCUCUUCUGAACAGCUUUCCAUUUAGGGAAGUUUGUCUUUGUUUUAGUUUUUCUCACUUCAAGCUAAACCAUUUUUUUCCUACCUAGCCAUUAGUACAAAUAAAAUACAGCUGCCAGUCAUUCUUAU